AUGUCUAUUACAAGGGCAACGUUAGUCCUCGUGGUGAUUGUCUUUCUCACAUGGACCCAUGUCGUGGGCGGAUAUAUCUACCCUUCGACAGAAGCCAACCAGCAUCUAGUGAUUGCUGCGCUGAAGGAAUACACGUUGGGACAGCGCGCUGCCGACAAUGGUCGAGUCGACGACGCUAUCACCCACUACCAGCACUCCAUCCAGGCGUAUGAGUUGUUUGGUCCUGCGUACAACAACUUGGGUAUCCUUGUCCAUAGAAGAGGACAUGCGAAUGACGAAGCCAAGAGGCUGCAUGAACACGCUGCGGUGGUGUCACUGCAGCAAGGCGACUGGGAAACGUAUGCAUCGGCCCACAACAACCUCGGGUAUUUGGUACGGCUUGGCCAAGAAAAGAGUUACGAGAUGACGCUACGCGCAAUCCACCACUUUGACCUUGCGUUGCAAGUGUCGCCGCCCAACUGCAGUGUCGGCGUGUACGUGUCUGCCUUGUACAACAAGGGGUCGGCUCUGUAUGGUCUUGGAAACUUUGACCAAGCGCAGCUGCUGCUUGGACAUGUGCUGGCGCUCGAGCCAUCCCAUGGCGGCGCGCAUUUGGACAUGGGCAACAUCUACUUUCAUCAGGGUCGCCUGGAUAAGGCGUUGCACCACCAGCACCUCCUCGUCCAGCUCGGCUCGACCAUUCGAGAAGUGAUCGGGGCUCUAAACAACCAAGGCCAGUUUCUCAAAGAGAUUGGGCACGUGCAUGACGCACUGGCGUCGCACACGCAGGCCUUGUACCUUGGACCGACCGACGGCAACACGCUGCUCAACGUCAUCACGGCGAGGCGGCAGUUGUGUUUGUGGGAAGACGCCGACGACUGGCACGAUAGGCUACUGGAGCUCACAAGUGCCUCGUUGCAAGGCACCGGCAUGGAGCGGCAGAUUCCGGCGUUGCUUCCAUAUGACGCUACGCUCAUGAACAUAUCGGACGAGAUGAAGAAGGUUAUAGCCAUGUCUAACUCGGGGCAGUGGGACCAAUCUGUCCGGCACCGCCACCCCCCGACCAUCCACACCACCAAAUUGAACGUUGGCUACGUUGGCUAUGAUUUUCGCAACCAUCCGAUGGGCCAGCUCACGAUCGGCGCCCUGGAGCAGCACAACCACUCACGCAUCCACUUGCACGCGUACGCGUACGGCCCAAACGACAAUUCCACGUGGCGCCACCGAAGCGAAGCCGCGUGCGAUGUCUUUCGCGACGUAUUUGAAGCGUCCGACGUCGACAUCGCGGCGCAGAUCCAUGCCGACGGCAUCCACAUCGCCGUGGACCUCAUGGCACACACUCGGGGGGCGCGCGUGGGCAUCUCGGGUCUCAAGCCGGCGCCGAUCCUCGUCAACUACUUGGGGUACCCAGGGACCAUGGGCUCAUCCUUCACCGACUACGCGGUAGUCGAUCGGUUCGUCGUGCCCCCCACCAAAGCCGCCGCAACGUUUACGGAGAAACUCGUGUAUUUGCCUCAUACGUAUCAGGUCAACUCGUACGAGUGGGGCGUGGACACGGUGACGUGGCACGAUUUCAACCAGUCCUCGUUUGUGUUUUGCAACUUCAACACGAUCAACAAGAUGGAGCCGGUGGCGUUUGGGUUGUGGAUGGCCAUCUUGAAGCGCGUGCCCCGCAGCGUGCUCUGGCUGUUGGAGCCGUCGCGGGUCGACGCCGGCGUCGUGCGGACGUUCCGGGCGGAGGCGGCGGCCCGAGGUGUGGACCCGAGCCGGCUGGUGUUCGCGCCCCGACUACCGCGGGACCAACACCUCGCGCGCCUUCGCCACGCCCACUUGUUCCUGGACAGUGUCAUUUACACGGCGCACACAACCGCGAGCGACAUGCUGUGGACCCACUUGCCGGUGUUGACGCUAUGGGGCGCCACGUUUGCGAGUCGGGUCGCCGGCAGUUUGAUGGACACCGCGGUGGGGUCGUCGUUGUGGACCACCCAUUCCAUCAAAGAGUACGAGGACUUGGCCGUGCGACUGGCCACGACCGACACCGCUGCGUUGAACGCACUCCGACUCAAGUUGGCGCACCGGGCUGCGACCUCUCCGCUGUUUGACAACCGCCGCACGACGUUCCACUUGGAGCACGCGUACAUGUGCAUGGCGAGCUUGGGCCGCCGCCGGAUGCAUAUUGUCGUGGACCCCCGCGACCGCAACCAUCUAAGUCGACCGACGUUGCAGGACAUGGUUCAAAAGACCUUGGCGUUGCACGAACACGGCAAUGUCGUUGCUGCGAAACGAGGGUACGCUCGGAUUUUGGCCGUCGAAUCUGGACACCCCGACGCUCUGCACUUGUAUGGACUGGCGCUGUACCAGGAGCAACAAUACGGCCUAGCCAUGCAAUACAUGCAGGCGUCAUUGGAGGUAGCCAACGUCGGGUUCUUCCAUGGCAACCUUGGCCAAGUCUUCCGAGUGCUCAACGACACGAUCAACGCCACACACCAUUUUGCCACGGCGCUGGCACUGGACCCUCAUCAGCCCCAAGUCUUUUUAAACUACAUGACGCUGCUUCGAGAUACCAAGCAAACCUCCAACCUUGUGGACGUCUAUCACCAGUAUGGAGAGAAAUUGCUUGGAUUGUUGCCAUCUGGAUCGGAGUGGGACAUUCGAUUCGAAGUCGCGUACGCAAUAGCUGGCGCCGGCGAGCCCUUUAAAGCCAUCGAUUGCUUAGCACGAGUCCUCAACAUGACAUCAUCACCUUCGACGGCCGUGGUCGUCCGAGCGCGAUACAAUCUGGCUGCCCUCUUCAGCCGCGUGGGGCAGCAUGACCAGGCCAACGCGUUGUCGUUUGAGACGGUGCGCCUCGAGCAUGAGUCUUUGCGUAAGACCACGCUUAACGAAACAAGCCAAGACAACCACCCUCCGCCAAUCCACCGAUUGGAUCAACAGCAACCACGCCUGGUCAUCUACUGCCACGAGUAUGGCCAGUCGUGGUGGGGACAGUGGGGCCCCCAUUCCAUCGACGAGGGGGUGGGGGGGUCGGAAGAAGCGGUGAUUUACCUGUCGAGGGAACUCGUGGCGCUGGGGUAUGCGGUCCACGUGUACGGAAACCCCCCACACGCCACCACUGACAGCUAUGGGGUGCAGUGGCAUCCCCAUUCGCAUUUCGAUCCAACUCUAGUGUCGGACGUGUUUAUCGCGUGGAGAUACCACAUUUCGACGGCAUUGGCAACCCACGCCAAGCUCGUGUAUGUGUGGCUUCACGAUAUGAUCGACACGGGGGCGUUCACUCCGGCGUACGUGGCGACUAUCGACGGCAUCUUCUGCCUCUCGCACGCCCACGCCGCCGGGUUUGCCCCGCACGCUGCUCUCAAAGUCAUCGCCACUGGAAACGGCGUCGUUUCGUCCCCUGCGAUGGCUGACCAAGGCAUCAACACCCCCACGCAUUUCGUGUACGGCAGCUCUCCAAGCCGGGGCUUGGAAACUGUGUUAGACUCGUGGGGCGACAUCCGCCGUCGCCUCCCCACCGCCACGUUGCAUGUGUACUAUGGAUUCACUCGGGCAUUUGUUCAGUUUGCCCAGCCUUCCGACCUGUGGCGGCAGCGCAUGGAGCUGCUCUUGCGCCAAGAUGGCAUCACGUACGUUGGUCUAGUGGACCACGACACACUAGCCAAGGGGUAUGCGGCGGCGGGGUUCUACUUGUACCCGACAACGUACCCGGAAACCAGCUGCGUGUCCAUCAUGAAAGCGAUGGCGCAUGGCGCGAUUCCCAUCACGUCCAAGCGCGGGGCGCUGGCCGAAGUCGUGGGGCCGUUUGAUUUAGGCCCCGUGGAAGGACUGCGAGAAGGGCCCAUGACGGAAGCGUGGCGACUGGCGUGGGUGGACGCAGUGGUUGCCGCCGUCGACAUGAACACGACGCGCUUUCGAUCCGACAUGAAAGCACACGCCAGGAGUGCGUUUUCGUGGGCCAAAGUGGCGAGUCAGUGGCACCACGUCUUUACUCGCGUAUCGUCCGAGUUGCCAAACACAAACAUAGACGGCGCUAGUUGACAUGUGUAUUAAUUACUUGGCCAGCUUGAGACAGCGCUUGCAGAA